GACACAGCUCCGUUACCAUUUGUGCGUAUUUUCUCUGUGCGUCUGAACUUCAGCCUUCGUGCUGUGUGUGAUAGCGGCGAUCGGAUCCUCUUGUGAUCCGUCGAAGCAAUAAUCUUUGGAACAUCAAACCCUAAGCAUAGCAUUCUCCGUUAAUUAGUUGUUCGGAUUUCAUUUCCCUUUUAUCCCCCAAUUUUGAUCGUGUUUUUGGGUUUUGGUUUUAUAUAAACUACAUCGUUGAUCAACUUAUCGACCUAGAAUCCUAAUUUGAAUCUGAAUAAAUCAAUCGUAUUCGAAACAGAUUGAAUUUGAAGUUUGUGUUCCAAUAAAAACCCUAUGGCUGCCACGAACGUUCAAUCUGGUGACGGCGGGCUUAACAGCCCUACUUCGCAGCGGGGGGUUUCCUCGUCUCCGUGGAGUCAGAUUGUUCGCCGUGGCGGCGGAGGCGGCGAGUCAGAAGUGAUUUCUCCGGUUGUGGUGGCGACGGUUGGUUCUGCUCCGGUAUCACCGUCGCGUUCAUCGGUUCAGGAGCAUGUUGGUCACUCUUCUCCUGAUUGGUCUCCGUCUAAGGUGGUUCAGGAGGCGGUCAGCUCUCCGGAUGAUUCGGGUACUGAGGGUCAGCCUGAUGGUUCUGAUAACAGCGGCGGUAAUAACGCGUCUAAGAAGCCUGUGUGGAAUACACCAUCAAAAUCAAAUGGAGUUGUUGAGGUCGUCAGUCCAGUCAUGGGUACGGCUUGGCCUGCGCUAGGUGAAUCCACUAAAGCUUCCCUUAAAUCCUCUUCAUCGGAGUCCUUAAAAGCCCUUUCAGAUGGCCCCUGGCCACCUGCAUUACAGGCAACUGGAAAUUCAUCUUCACCACAUAAACAGUCAAGUGCUAACAAUGCAAAUUCCACUUCACUUCCAAACCAUGUGGCACCAACAAGGCAAAGGUCCAUGAAGCGAGGCGGUGGCAACUCUACUGCAAAUGGGGUGGUUUCUCAGCCACCACCAACAAGCCAAGAUUCAGUGGAAACACAAACACCCAAUAACACAUCUGGGAAACCAGGUCUUGUUGCAGACCAACAACAACCUUCUCCAAGAGAGCACACAGUCACACAUAAAGAUUCACAAAAAGGAGGCUUUGGAUCACAACCUCACAGUGGCAACGAUCACAAUCACCACCGGGGUUCAUUCAGAAGAGGCAAUGGUGGACAACAUAAUCACAACUAUGGAGGGAAACGAGACCAUGAUCGUGGUAAUAAUCACCAGGAAUGGAAUCAACAUAGUAGAAGCUUUAAUAACAGAGAUUCACAUGUGCAAUCUCCAAGAGGGUUUUCCAGAGGUGGUGGUUACAUGCGACCUUCUGUACAUACCUCUGCUCCAUUUAUCUCUCCACAAAUGCCUGUUCAAGUGCAGCCUUUUGGCAACAACAUGAUGUACCCUGAUCCGACAUCUCCUGUAAUUUAUGUUCCAUAUGCACCACCACCAGAGUCCCUUAGAGGCAUGCCUUUUGUUACUCCAUUAGCACCUUCAAUGUACUUUGCUGUUCCGGAUCCCCAAUUGCAUGCUAAGAUUGUGACCCAAAUCGAUUAUUAUUUCAGUAAUGAGAACUUGGUGAGAGAUACAUACUUGCGAAGAAACAUGGAUGAACAGGGCUGGGUUCCUGCUAGCUUAAUAGCAGGCUUCAAAAAAGUUUCUUAUUUGACAGAUAACAUUCAACUAAUAUUAGAUGCUAUGCGAAGUUCGACAGUUGUGGAAGUGCAGGGUGAGAAGAUACGGAGGCGAAAUGAUUGGAUGAAGUGGAUGAUGCCUGUAGGAGGUCCAUCAAGUCCUCAAGCUGCUGUUGGAAGAUCUUCAAAUGAUAAUGAAGAGUUGGUGUCACAGCUUCAGGGUGUUCAUCUUGCAACUUCUCAGGAAAAGUUCACCACUCAUGGAGGUUCAAUGGCUUGAAACUUAUACCAAACCUUUUAACUAAAAAUUCAAACAUUUUGAGAAGUUCGGUUCUUGAUGAUCAUAUGAUAUGAUGACGUUUUGAGAGAGGCAAAUGGACUGAUUUUAAAAAAGAACAAAAAAAGGAGGAAAAACUUUAAUAAAAAAGAUAGAAUUAUUAUUAUGAUGAGGAGACUUUAAACAGUGGUAGUAUGGGUUUGUUGGAUUUAAAGAUUUACUUUUGUUUGGACCAUUAUAAUUGUGGAUCUUGAUUUAUUAUGUUUUGUUGAUACUUGAUAGUUGAUACUACGGGGG